UGCAGAUGAUCUUCCUGGGAAACGUCACUCUUUAUAUGUAAAGAAUAUCUCCCUGAGUUGCUCCAACUGAGUUUAGAAUGUUACUUGACUUGUGAUUCUGAUGGAGGAAUAACCAGAUCUCAGGCUGCUGCACUGGAAGACUUCACAGGAAAUACAAAAUGUCAUCCAAUAGGAGUCAGAACCCACAUGGACUUAAACAGAUCGGUCUUGACCAGAUAUGGGAUGACCUAAGAGCUGGAAUUCAACAGGUUUACACCAGACAAAGUAUGGCAAAAUCCAGAUACAUGGAACUUUACACUCAUGUUUAUAACUACUGUACUAGUGUGCACCAGUCGAAUCAAGCACGAGGAACUGGAGUUCCUCCUAAAUCGAAAAAGGGCCAGACGCCUGGAGGUGCUCAGUUUGUUGGCUUGGAAUUGUACAAACGGCUAAAAGAAUUUCUGAAGAACUACUUGACAAAUCUCCUGAAGGAUGGUGAAGAUUUGAUGGAUGAGAGCGUGCUGAAAUUCUACACUCAACAGUGGGAGGAUUAUAGGUUUUCAAGCAAAGUGUUGAAUGGGAUAUGUGCCUACCUCAAUCGACAUUGGGUUCGUCGCGAGUGCGAUGAAGGUCGUAAAGGAAUAUAUGAAAUUUAUUCACUUGCCUUGGUGACCUGGAGAGACUGCUUAUUCAGACCAUUAAAUAAGCAGGUAACAAAUGCUGUGUUGAAAUUGAUUGAAAAGGAAAGAAAUGGUGAAACUAUCAAUACAAGGCUGAUCAGUGGAGUUGUACAAUCUUAUGUGGAGCUGGGGCUGAAUGAAGAUGAUGCGUUUGCAAAAGGACCUACACUAACUGUCUAUAAAGAAUCCUUUGAAUCUCAGUUUCUUGCUGACACAGAGAGAUUUUAUACACGAGAAAGUACUGAAUUCUUGCAACAGAACCCAGUGACAGAGUACAUGAAGAAAGCUGAAGCUCGCCUUCUUGAGGAGCAGCGUAGAGUUCAGGUGUAUCUCCAUGAGAGCACACAAGAUGAGUUGGCACGAAAGUGUGAGCAAGUACUUAUUGAAAAACACCUGGAGAUAUUUCAUACAGAGUUUCAGAAUUUGCUGGAUGCUGACAAAAAUGAAGACUUGGGACGCAUGUAUAACCUUGUCUCUCGAAUCCAGGAUGGCCUUGGAGAGCUGAAAAAACUUUUGGAAACCCACAUUCAUAAUCAGGGUCUAGCUGCAAUUGAGAAGUGUGGAGAAGCUGCUCUGAAUGAUCCAAAAAUGUAUGUACAGACAGUGUUGGAUGUCCAUAAGAAAUACAAUGCUUUAGUCAUGUCUGCAUUCAACAAUGAUGCUGGCUUUGUGGCUGCACUAGAUAAAGCUUGUGGUCGAUUUAUAAAUAAUAAUGCAGUGACAAAAAUGGCUCAAUCAUCCAGUAAAUCCCCAGAGCUACUGGCACGAUACUGUGACUCUUUACUAAAGAAAAGCUCAAAGAAUCCAGAAGAAGCAGAAUUGGAAGAUACACUCAAUCAAGUGAUGGUUGUUUUCAAGUACAUUGAGGAUAAAGACGUGUUUCAAAAAUUCUACGCUAAAAUGCUGGCAAAAAGACUCGUCCAUCAGAACAGUGCGAGCGACGAUGCUGAGGCAAGCAUGAUCUCCAAACUAAAACAAGCUUGUGGAUUUGAGUACACCUCCAAGCUGCAGCGGAUGUUCCAAGAUAUCGGUGUAAGCAAGGACUUGAACGAGCAAUUCAAAAAGCACCUGACCAAUUCAGAACCGUUAGAUUUGGAUUUCAGCAUCCAGGUGCUGAGUUCUGGAUCGUGGCCCUUCCAGCAGUCCUGCACGUUCGCUCUGCCUUCCGAGUUAGAACGGAGCUAUCAGAGAUUUACUGCAUUUUAUGCCAGUCGUCAUAGUGGAAGAAAAUUAACAUGGUUGUAUCAGCUGUCCAAAGGGGAACUGGUCACCAACUGCUUCAAGAACAGAUACACGUUACAGGCAUCCACAUUCCAGAUGGCGAUUUUACUGCAGUACAACACGGAAGAUGCCUACACCGUGCAGCAGCUGACAGACAGUACCCAGAUCAAAAUGGAUAUCUUGGCACAAGUUCUACAGAUACUGUUGAAAUCAAAAUUGCUUGUUUUGGAAGAUGAAAAUGCAAAUGUUGAUGAAGUGGAGUUAAAACCAGAUACCUUAAUAAAACUGUAUCUUGGUUAUAAAAACAAAAAAUUAAGGGUAAACAUCAAUGUGCCAAUGAAGACUGAACAGAAGCAGGAGCAAGAAACUACACACAAAAAUAUUGAGGAAGAUAGGAAACUACUGAUUCAGGCUGCUAUUGUGAGAAUCAUGAAAAUGAGGAAGGUUCUAAAGCACCAGCAACUGCUUGGAGAAGUGCUAACGCAGCUGUCCUCGAGGUUCAAGCCACGAGUUCCAGUAAUUAAGAAAUGCAUCGACAUCCUGAUUGAGAAGGAGUACUUGGAACGCGUGGACGGCGAGAAGGACACCUACAGUUACUUGGCUUAACAUUUUGAUGAGCGACGCCUUGACUGUGUGACACUCGGCAAAUAGGUUUGUGAUGGAAGAAAGAAAGCACCAGAACUUCAUAGCAGCCGCCCUGCUGCCAUUUGGACCUCCCUUUUUAACCACCGAGACCAGGACUCCCAUCAGCCCGGCUCGGAUUUACAUCGGAACUGCUCAGGAUUGAUAACAUUUCAAGUAUGUAAAUAUGGACACCAAUGCCAUUUAACCUAAUUUAAGAACAGAAAGGAAUCAAACCCUUCUCCUCUGAGGGUUGCAUGCUACUGCAUUUAAAUCAAUACAUUGGCUAGAUGAGAAACAGCUGCCGGCGCAGGCAGCACUUAUACGUGUUGGCAGCACUUUGAGAGCGAGUCUGAAUGGACCCAUGUGUAAUCCGCUAUGAAAACCCAUUUGUAUAGUGUGUUUCAUUUUUUAAUGUGUGAUAAAUAAAAAAAAAAAAAUUAAAAGAUUUCUGUACAAGUUGCAUUUGGUUUUAUUGUUUUAAGUUUCAUGACUUACCUUUCUAAAUGUAAAUAAAAAUAAUGGUUAUGAAA